UAAAAUUUAUAACAAAAAAAAUUUUUUUUGUAGAUUCUAUCUUUACAAAAAUAAUAAAAAAAUAGGUAAGCGUUAAUCAAAAAAGUUUUAAGCAUGUUGUAAAAUAAUUAAUAAACCCAAAAUUUCCAAAAUCAAGGAAUGAAUAACUUUACCAAAUCAAAUCGAUUUGAAUAGAAUUAGGUGGCUCAUAAUGAUAAUAAUGAGGAUUUUAACAAAAUAUUGCAAGGCAUAGACGAUGAAUAUGAUGAUUAAUUUAUGCCAAACAAUCAAGAAAGUUAAAAAAAUUUUAAUUAAAAUUAGAAUUACAAUCUAAACAUCUAAACACAAUAGCAAUAAAAUAACUUUUAGGGAAAUCAGUUAUAAACAUUUUAAACUCCUAAAUCUGAAAUAGGCAACAUAAAUUUUCCACCUACGAAUGGAAAUCUUCCACCUUUUUAUAAUAACUCACCUCAAAUCAUGAAUAACAAUUUUAAUUCACCAGCGUAUAAUAAUAUUUAGACAAAUAGCUUAAGAGGCUCGCAAACUACGAUAUCUAAUAGACCAUCUGGAUCUAUUUCAAGCAAUAUGCUAAAUAAUUAAUAGUAGAUACCCUAAAAUGCUCCAAAUAGAGAAAUUUUGGAAGCCUUAGUUCAAAAAAACAAUGAACUCAAAAACGAAUUUAUUUAUUAAUUCAUAAAGAUCAGAUAAACUAACUAAUACUAACCUGGAAUAAAAAAAAAGAGAUAUUAAGAUAAUUCUUUAUACUUUGGUUAAGUAAGUAUAUAAGGCAUCAAUGAAGGUAAAGGUAUGUAUAUGGUGUAAAAUGGUGACAUUUAUUUAGGCGAUUUUUUCUAAGGCAAGUUCCAUGGAUAUGGCGUUUAUAUCCAUCAUAAUUUAGAAAGAUAUGAAGGUGAGUUCUAAUUUGGUAAAAAGGAAGGAAAAGGUAUUUAUUUUUAUAAUAAUGGUGAUGUAUUCAAUGGAUAAUGGAAGAAUAAUCUCAAAAAUGGCCAGGGAUAUAAACAUUCUAAUUUGACAAAUGAUACCUACACUGGUCUGUAUUUAAAUGGCAAGAAACAUGGUAGAGGAGAAUUAAAAUACGGAAAUGGUGAUUUAUAUUUUGGAGAUUUUGUGAAUGAUGUAAAGGAAGGAAAAGGGAAGUUGACUUAUGCAAAUGGUACAAUAUACACAGGAGAUUUUAAAAAUAAUGAGCCAUCUGGAAACGGUACUUUAGAGUUCAUAAAUGGAGAUGCAUUCGAUGGUUACAUAGCCAACGGAAAUAUGGUUAAAGGAAUUUUAUAUUUUGCCAACGGAGAUUAGUAUGAAGGGUCAUUUUAACUCAAUAAGCAACAUGGCUAAGGAGUAAUGAGAUAUUCAAAUGGAGAUAUAUACGAAGGUCUAUGGACAUAAGGAGAAAAAACAAUAGGAAAGUAAUACUAUCCUGAUAUGUAAAUUCAAUAUGAAGGAGAAUGGAAGAAUGAUACUCACUGGGGUAGAGGAAAGUUAGUUUGGUUAAACUAUGAUGGUGAUUAUUAUGAAGGAGAGUUUAGAAAUAAUAAAAAGCAUGGAAAAGGUGUUCUUACUUAUAAGGAUGAUAAUGGAAAUUUAGUGUAAGAAAAUGUAGUAUUUGUUGAUGACGUGUAAUAGUAAGCUAUGCCUUUCUGA